AGUCGUUUGCCGUGCAGUCAACUAGCGGACUUCCCCAAGAAGAAGAGGCACUCGCUUGUACGUGAACACGCCUCUCCUCCUUCCUUUGACUGAUCUCGUUGCGGAGCGACCUUCCUUGUUGGCCUCUGUGCUUCUUGGAUUUUCCUCCCUCAGCACGCGUAUUCGCUCUGAAAAGGCGUGUCCUGCGCCUACGCUGUUCCCUUCACCUUGUUUGAAUGAAUCGUUCUCAGGUGCGCUUCGCCUCCGUAUCCUGAUUCACACGCCUGUAAAUCGCCAGCGAAGUCUUUUUUGGUAUUUUUACUCCCGUGAAAUUCCCAUGUGUGUGCGCCUGCUAAACAGUACCGCACACACGCACACACACGCACAGACACAGACAGAGACACACACAAGCCGCGAAGGUGAUACUCGACGCAGCAGUACGCGUAAAACCGAUGUCGUACCCCGUCGAAGCGGCGCGGCCACGAGCAGCCGAGGGCGACUUCGCCAGGAGAGCCUCGCUCGACGAGGCCGCUGACACCGUCGCCGACAACGGCUCACAACACAGCAGCCGUCGGCAGCAACGGCAGAGUACGCCGAAGCUGCGGGAGCACAGCGCUUCGCUGACACGGCGACAGAAGCUUCUGGAGGAGCAGCAGCAGCAGCAGAUGCACUCCACCACCAACUCCCGUCACUCCUCCUCAGAUCCCUCCCGGUCACCCGGAGAGGGGCGCCAGCGUUUCCAAUCUGUCGACAGUCCUGACGCGGUGGGCGCCGUGCGCUCUGCCCUCCCUCUCAUCCCGGCGGAGGAAGGGGACUCCGACGAGGUGGUGGCAACGGUGCCGCGCAGCUCCCCGCGGCAGCGUCUGUCUCGACGGUCGUCGCCGGCGACCGACUCGCUGCUCGCGGAGCAGCGGGCAGCAUCCGCGGACGUGAGUCCGAAGACGGCGAUGGCGAAGGCGCGCCUCGCCGCGGCAGGGGUGGACGCCUUGCCGAGCCCCCUCCGCGCGCACCACCACCGCCGCACCCCCCAGGGGACUCCCGGAAAGCCACCGCUGGUGCGUACGCCCCCGACGACAGCGAAGCCUACGGCAGACGCUCACCUCUUGUCCUUCCCCUCCACUGUCUCAGAAGGCGAGGACGGGGAUGAAGAGGAGGAAGAGCCGGCUGCUACCAACGAGUACCCGGUGGAGUCGCCGCCGAUGAACGUGCGGGGGCCGACAGCGGCGCACAAGAGCGAUAAUGAGGAAGACGACGGUGACACAGAGGCGUGGCAGGAGGUGUCCACGGAGUUGUUCAAGCCUCUCAUCGCACACGAGCACCGCAGCAUCGACGGCGGCGUCCCCGCUCUGCAUGAAGAGGAGAGCGAAAAGCCGAUCGCGGUCGACAUGCGCCACCGCGCAAGCCGUCACCUGGCGAACGACGCCGACACUGAGAAGGGCAACUUUCAUACGAAGCCGGAGAUCGCACACCGGGCGUCCGUGAAGCCAACCUUCGAUGCACCUGACGUCGCACCUGUGGCGGCGACGGCGGCGUCGGCCGAGCACGACAGCGCACCCCGCAACGUCCACGAGGGGGCGGACGAGACACCGGUGAGAGUGGCCGUGCGUCACCGCCGCAGCUUACACCUCGUCAACACCCACGCAAACUCCAGCAGCAGCAGAAACAACAACGCACAUGGUUUGUCGCUGCACCCACGGCGUGAAGUCGCCACCCAAGCCUCCCUCAGCCCCGCCGCCAUCGAGGUACGCGCGGCAGGCGAACGGGAGAUGUCCGCAGAGCGCAACCAGCGGCGCAGCAUCCACGGCGGCGGUAGUGGGGGCGAAUUGUACGAAGAAGAGGAGCAGCCGCACGUCGCUGAUGUUCGUCGGCGCAGCACGCGGGUGCUGGAGGAGGACAGCGAUGCCGCGGCGCGGCGUCGUCGGUCACGUCUGGGCAGUCUUCACGCCCAACUGGAGCAGCCCGCCGUCGACCCCUGCCCCGUGUCGGCCGCGCAGCUUCUGCCCCACGCCAUGCCGCUGCGCACCGAAGAGUCGAGCCGUCGCCUCAGCCGGCACGCUACCAGUCAACAGGCGCCGCUGUUCACCGCGAAAGAAGCGCAGCUGGCCACGAUGGACUCUGUAAAUCCGCGUGUACUCGAAGCGGAGGACGGCCACACGGCGCACACACGCUCCUCUCCGCCGGCCGCUCACACGCAGCAGCAACAGCAGCAGCGUCGCAGCGUGAACGCGGUACACGAAGAGCUGCAGCGGCCAAUGCCAGCGGCGAAGCGCACCGUGGCCUCCGCCCCUCAGCGCACGCAGGUGGACGCCCACCACCGCCGCGCUAGCCGGCACGCCGCAGCGGACGGGCAACCGUGGUUCGCGGCGGGCGAGGAGAAGCCGGCGGAGUUGAGGACGGCGGGCCCGCAGACGAUGGCCGCAGCCCCGGCUCGGUUCGGUUCGGCCGACGCCGCUCACCGAAGCCACAGCGUGCACACGACGGUGGUAGAGCACGUCCAGCAGCACGACGCCGUCCUGCAGGCGCAGCCCAUGCAUGUGAUGGCGACCAGCGAGGCGCAGCGUCGUGCCAGUCAGCACGCAACGGCGUCUGCGGUGCCGUUGUUUACCGACGCCGACGCGGCCCCAGCCACUUUGAAGACGAUCAUACCGCAGAAGUUGGCCACGAAGCCCGCCAGCGCACCACCGCGGUGCAGCUUUCAUGGGCGGCCCUUUUGUGGGGACGAGCUCGAGGCCCAUCCCACGCAGGUCGAAAAGUGUCCUGCGCGGACAAUGUCCGCCGCGGCCCGGGAAGGUCUGAGUAGCACGGAAGAGGUGGCCCCCACAGCGGACAAGCGCAGUCGAAGUUGUAGUCGGCACGGAGCGCUGGAAGAAGGAGAGAGCCCGCCGGUGGCGCCGCUAAAGGCCACCGCGCUCAGCCAGCCACUGCGGGUGACAGACUUUGAUGCCAACGACGACGAGCUGGGCAGCGACGCGGAAGGUGCGGGCGGCCGGCGACCCCCGCCGCGCCGUGCGAGCCUGCAUGCGUCGGAGCGCUCCUCUGUUUACUCCCCUGUCGCGCCGCUGGUCCACCGCCUGCCCUCUGCCGCGCUCCCCUCCCCACGUGAAUCGAUGGACGAGGAUGGCGAGAACCGCGACACGCCGCAGCUGCGUGUCUGCAUCUCCGAUCAGUCCUCCCUCUCUGAUGACUCCUCGGCCGCUGCGACGGUGCCAGGGAUAUCAGAGAGAACCGCCACGUCGCCCUUGGGAUGCAAGUAUGAGCUGCAGGAGCGGUACAAGCGUGCCCUCGGCGACGACCUUCCCACGGAGCUGCCACGGUGCGGCGCUGUCGACGACGACGUUUCGCCGGUGGCGGCACCCAACGGUGCCGGCAGCAAUGCGGCACGUCAGCGCAGUCUGCUGUCGCACGGCAGCGUCGAGGUGGCCCGGCGCAUUCGCGGCUUUUACGCGGGUGAAACCGACGACGAAGAUCAAGACGACGCAGCGGACGUGGAAGACCACCACCGCCGUGAGUCGCGGCAUGGGGCCUCAGAGGCGGAGGACGAAAACGCGGAGACGUCUGCAGAGGUAUGCGGCAGCCAGCAGCAUCGAAGCUCUAUUUCAGGUGACGCGUCGAGCCGCACCGGCCGUCUUCGUCGCGCCACGCGGGUCACCGCCGUGGACGUGCUGCCGAUACGCGCCUCUGAGUUUUCGCCGAAGGAGGCCGACGCGUCUGCGGAUGAGAACGAUGCACGUGGAGGCGAUGUACAGGGCAAAGAGGCAGACGAUGGGGAUGAGGUGUACGAGAUGAUCAGCUGCUACGAUGUCUCCUGUCAAACCUCGGCGUACCUCCUCCACGACUACCUGGACUCCCUCACACGGGCGGACGCGGUGGCCAAAAGCAACGUCGCAGCGGCAACGCCGGACAAUCCGCAUUACAUGAGCACCGACCGGUGGAUGUGCGCGCUGGGGCUGUGUCCGCGGUGCCACCCCAGCCGGCUGGCUCACCAAGCAAACACGCACCGCAGUGGAAGCGGUGAGCGGAGGGGGGAGACAAGUGAUGCUGCGGCCGCUGCUGGAGGCCGCACCGGGAGCGACGGAAGCGGCAACGCAGGCCGGAUUGUCUGGCCGCUUGUGACACGCCCCAGCCUCGGUUACUCGGCGCCUCCGCGCCUUACUCGAUCGGUGCCGCCGUGCCAGCGCCUGCCGCCGCCGCUUGUCAUGACAACACCGCCGCGAGUCCCCGCUUCCUUUGCCGCUACGACACCAACACCCCCACCGGCAGCAACGCGGCCGCACCCGCACGCCCCUCUGCCGUACCUGAAGCCCGCUACGACGACGCGAUCCUCUGGCACGAUUGGAAAGGCCGGCAGCAGGUCUCAGCCACAGCGCCCCUCAACCUCUUCCGCCCGCUUUCCCACAACCAGGUCCGCCGCAGUCACCGCGGCGCUUCUCGACUGCAGCGGCAGCAGCAGCGGCCGCCGCAGUCACGGUAGCACGGGCCGACGCGGUCGCGAUCAGCCCGGCACGUACACCCCCCGCGUCACCGCCUACCGCGGCGGGUACUGCUUCACGCAGGAGUGGGAGAGUCGGCAGCGGCAGCGUCAGCGCGACUUGCGCUGCCUGCAGGCGGAGCAAAGCGCCCGCCAAGGCGGUGGCAGCGCCGCCUACAGCCCCCGCCUGCUCACCUGUCACGACGUGCAGUCGGGGCAGCCCAUGUCAGAGUUUGCGUACCGCUACUGCGACCUGGAGUCGGAGAGGAUGAUGGUGCACAGCAGCGCACCGAGUUGCGGCGCGGCGAGACGGGAUGUCCCGCUGGAGAACUACAACGACACGCUGCAGGGCGCCCCGCUCAUCAGCCGGCGCGCCGGGUCGCCGGUGGGCGGGAGCGAGGCGUCGGUGGAGCGAACGCCCGCCGCGCUUGCAGAAGCCGACGCGGCUGAAGCAGCGCAGGCGAAGCGCAUUCGUGCGUCGGCGAAAGAGAGGAGGCGUGCCGCGGACAGCGCGGUGGUGGCGGCGCAUCGAUGUGGCGAAGGCGACAGCUCUCGCUACGCACAGCACCAAGCAGCUCAACAUUACUAA